AUGACAUAUCUCUUAAGAAGUGUUGUCACCAUCAUUGAUGUAUUCUACAAGUACACCAAGCAAGAUGAAGAAUGUGGCACACUGAGCAAGGAUGAGCUAAAGGAACUGCUGGAGAAGGAAUUCCGGCCAAUUCUGAAGAAUCCAGAUGAUCCAGACACAGUAGAUGUCAUCAUGCAUAUGCUGGAUCGAGAUCAUGACCGAAGACUAGACUUUACUGAGUUUAUUCUGAUGGUGUUCAAACUGGCUCUAGCCUGCAACAAGGUUCUUGGAAAAGAAUACUGUAAAGCUUCAGGGUCAAAGAAGCAUGGGCAUGGCCAUCAACAAAGAGAGGAAGAAAGUGAAACAGAAGAGGAAGAGGAGACACCAAGACAGAAAUCAGGUUUCAGAUAUUCAAGUUGGAGUGAGGGAGAGGAACAUGGACAUAGUUCUGGGGGCUCAUGGGGACCUGCAAAACAUAGACGUGGGUCCAACUCUAGGAGGUUGGAAAGGCAAGAUGAAGUAUCCAGCUCAGAGGAAUCAAGGAAAAAGCACCAUGGGUCUAUCUUUGGUCACUCUUGGAGUAAUAACAAAGAGAAACAUGUUUCCAGAUCUGAAGAACUAAGAGAAAAAAGAGACAAGUCACAUGAUAGCCCCUCUAGAGAAUCUGGGGAAGAGUAUGAGUCUGGAUCUAGGUUAAACCAUCAGGGAAUGAAAAGCCAUAGAGAACUGUCACAUGGAUUGGAAAAGAACAAACAUGAAUCAAAUUAUAAUCAGUUAAAGGGCGGAGAACAAAAGCUUGAGUAUAGUUCUGCAAGUUCAGGAAACAGUCAGAUACAAAGUCAUGUAUAUGGUUUCAGCAAUUCUAGUGGAUGUUGCAGACCACAAAAUGCUUCAAGUUCUUGUCAUGCAAGUAGGUCACGGGGGCAAGGAAAUCAGUCUUGCUGUACCCAGUCAAACUGUCAGUCAGGAACUAGUGGAGGACAAGGAUAUGGAUGUGUCUCAGAAAGUCAGUCCUCUAGAUGUUGUCAACCUAAACCUAGAUCCUGUAGCCAGUCUUCUAGUGAGAGAAGGUAUGGAUCUAAACAAUGUGGUCAAUCACAGAACUGUGGAAGACAGCAGAGAAUGGGUUCAAACCACUCUUCUUGCUGUGGACAAUAUGGGUCUAGAGCAACUUACUCUUCUGGUUGUGGUCAACAGGGAAUGAGUUCCUGUGAACAUUCAUCAAGCUCUCAUCAAAACAGGUGUAAUUCAAAUGAAUUUUCCAAAAGUGGCCAGCGUGAGUCUGGUUCAGGAUACUCAUCCUGCUGUGAAGAACAUGGAACAAACUCAAGUCAGUCCUCUGGCUUUAAACAACAUGGACAUGAAUCAGGUCAGUCUUGCUGUGGCCAACAUGGUACUGCAUCAAGUCAAUCAUGUCAUUUUGGGCAGCAUGGGUCUGGUUCUGGCCAGUCAUCUAGAUCUGGGCAGCAUGGGUCCAGUUCUGGUCCGUCAUAUAGCUCUGGGCAGCAUGGGUCCAGUUCUGGUCAGUCAUCUAGCUCUGGGCAGCAUGGGUCCGGUUCUGGUCAGUCAUCUAGCUCUGGGCAGCAUGGGUCCGGUUCUGGUCAGUCAUCUAGCUCUGGGCAGCAUGGGUCCAGUUCUGGUCAGUCAUCUAGCUCUGGGCAGCAUGGGUCCGGUUCUGGUCAGUCAUCUAGCUCUGGGCAGCAUGGGUCCAGUUUUGGUCAGUCAUCUAGCUCUGGGCAGCAUGGGUCCAGUUCUGGUCAGUCAUCUAGCUCUGGGCAGCAUGGGUCCAGUUCUGGGCAGUAUGGGUCAGGUUCUGGUCAGUCAUCUAGCUAUGGGAAUCAUGGAUCUGUCUCAGGUCAGUCAUCUAGCUCUAGGCAUAACAGGACAGGCUCGGGUCAGUCAUCUGGCUUAGGGCAGUAUGGGUCAGGUUCUGGUCAGUCAUCUAGCUCUGGGCAUCAUGAAUAUGGCUCAGGGCAGUAUGGGUCAGGUUCUGGUCAGUCAUCUAGCUAUGGGAAUCAUGGAUCUGUCUCAGGUCAGUCAUCUAGCUCUAGGCAUAACAGGACAGGCUCGGGUCAGUCAUCUGGCUUAGGGCAGUAUGGGUCAGGCUCAGGUCAGUCAUCUGGCUUAGGGCAGUAUGGGUCAGGCUCUGGUCAGUCAUCUAGCUAUGGGAAUCACGAAUAUGGCUCAGGUCCAUCAUCUAGCUCUUGGCAGCAUGGGACUGGCUCAGGAGAGUCUUAUGGCUAUGGAGAGGAAGAAUCUGGACCUGGUCCAUCAUCUAGCUCUUGGCAGCAUGGGACUGGCUCAGGACAAUCUUACGGCUAUGGAGAGGAAGAAUCUGGACCUGGUCCAUCAUCUAGCUCUUGGCAGCAUGGGACUGGCUCAGGACAGUCUUAUGGCUAUGGAGAGGAAGAAUCUGGACCUGGUCAGUCAUCUAGUUCUGGGCAUCAUGAAUAUGGCUCAGGUCCAUCAACUAGCUCUUGGCAGCAUGGGACUGGCUCAGGAGAGUCUUAUGGCUAUGGAGAGGAAGAAUCUGGACCUGGUCCAUCAUCUAGCUCUUGGCAGCAUGGGACUGGCUCAGGACAAUCUUGCGGCUAUGGAGAGGAAGAAUCUGGACCUGGUCAGUCAUCUAGCUCUGGGCAUCAUGAAUAUGGCUCGGGUCCAUCAUCUAGCUCUUGGCAGCAUGGGACUGGCUCAGGACAGUCUUAUGGCUAUGGAGAGGAAGAAUCUGGACCUGGUCAGUCAUCUAGUUCGUGGCACCACGGGAAUGGAUCAGGUCAGUCUGCUGGCUUUGGGGAUCAUGAGUGGGGGCAGGGUCAAUCUUCUAGAUCUUGGCAGAAUGGACCUAGUUCUGGUCAGUCAUCUGGCUUUGGGGACCAUGAAUCUGGUGAGCGUCGUUCAGGACAUCAACAGAGAGAGUCAGUUCAUGGACAACAUGGAACACCACAAGGGCCUGUUCAGGACAGCAGUAGACAGCCUCAGUCCAGCCAUCAACAACAAUCACAGUCAGGCUCUGGAAGAACUCCACAGAGAUCACCAGUCCAACCUGAGUCAAGUGAGGGUGAGGAACAGUCUGUAGUGUCACAGAGACAUUCUAGAUCUGGACAGCGUCAUUCAGGACAUCAACAGAGAGAGUCAGUUCAUGGACAACAUGGAACACCACAAGGGCCUUUUCAGGACAGCAGUAGACAGCCUCAGUCCAGCCAUCAACAACCCUCACAGUCGGGCUCUGGAAGAACUCCACAGAGAUCACAAGUCCAACCUGAGUCCAGUGAGGGUGAGCAACAUUCAGUAGUUUCACAGAGAUAUUCUAGAUCUGGUCAACGUCAAUCAGGACAUCAACAGAGAGAGUCAGUUCAUGGACAACAUGGAACACAACAAGGGCCUGUUCAGGACAGCAGUAGACAGCCUCAGUCCAGCCAUCAACAGCCCUCACAGUCAGGCUCUGGAAGAAAUCCAAGGAGAUCACCAGUGGAAACUGAGUCCAGUGAGGAUGAGGAACACUCAGUCGUCUCACAGAGACAAUCAGGAUCUGGUCAGAGUCAUGCAGGACGUCAACAGAGAGAGUCAGUUCAUGGGCAACAUGGCACACCACAAGGGCCUGUUCAGGACAGCAGUAGACAGCCUCAGUCCAGCCAUCAACAGCCCUCACAGUCAGGCUCUGGUAGAACUCCAGAGAGAUCACCAGUCCAACCUGAGUCCAGUGAGGGUGAGCAACACUCAGUUGUCUCACAGAGAAAUUCUAGAUCUGGACAGCGUCAUUCAGGACAUCAACAGAGAGAGUCAGUUCAUGGAGAACAUGGAACACCACAAGGGCCUGUUCAGGACAGCAGUAGACAGCCUCAGUCCUGCCAUCAACAACCCUCACAGUCAGGCUCUGGAAGAACUCCACAGAGAUCACAAGUCCAACCUGAGUCCAGUGAGGGUGAGCAACAUUCAGUAGUUUCACAGAGACAUUCUAGAUCUGGUCAACAAUCAGGAUCUCGUCAGAAUCAUGCAGGACGUCAACAAAGAGAGUCAGUUCAUGGGCAACAUGGCAUACCACAAGGGCCUGUUCAGGACAGCAGUAGACAGCCUCAGUCCAACCAUCAACAGCCCUCACAGUCGGGCUCUGGAAGAACUCCACAGAGAUCACAAGUCCAACCUGAGUCCAGUGAGGGUGAGCAACACUCAGUUGUCUCACAGAGACAUUCUAGAUCUGGACAGCGUCAUUCAGGACAUCAACAGAGAGAGUCAGUUCAUGGACAACGUGGAACACCACAAGGCCCUGUUCAGGACAGCAGUAGACAGCCUCAGUCCAUCCAUCAACAACCCUCACAGUCGGGCUCUGGAAGAACUCCACAGAGAUCACAAGUCCAACCUGAAUCCAGUGAGGGUGAGCAACAUUCAGUAGUUUCACAGAGACAUUCUAGAUCUGGUCAGCGUCAUUCAGGACAUCAACAGAGAGAGUCAGUUCAUGGACAACAUGGCACACAACAAGGGCCUGUUCAGGACAGCAGUAGACAGCCUCAGUCCAGCCAUCAACAGCCCUCACAGUCGGGCUCUGGAAGAACUCCACAGAGAUCACAAGUCCAACCUGAGUCCAGUGAGGGUGAGCAACACUCAGUUGUCUCACAGAGACAUUCUAGAUCUGGACAGCGUCAUUCAGGACAUCAACAGAGAGAGUCAGUUCAUGGACAACGUGGAACACCACAAGGCCCUGUUCAGGACAGCAGUAGACAGCCUCAGUCCAUCCAUCAACAACCCUCACAGUCGGGCUCUGGAAGAACUCCACAGAGAUCUCAAGUCCAACCUGAAUCCAGUGAGGGUGAGCAACAUUCAGUAGUUUCACAGAGACAUUCUAGAUCUGGUCAGCGUCAUUCAGGACAUCAACAGAGAGAGUCAGUUCAUGGACAACAUGGCACACAACAAGGGCCUGUUCAGGACAGCAGUAGACAGCCUCAGUCCAGCCAUCAACAGCCCUCACAGUCAGGCUCUGCAAGAAAUCCAAGGAGAUCACCAGUGCAAACUGAGUCCAGUGAGGAUGAGGAACACUCAGUCAUCUCACAGAGACAAUCAGGAUCUGGUCAGAGUCAUGCAGGACGUCAACAGAGAGAGUCAGUUCAUGGGCAACAUGGCACACCACAAGGGCCUGUUCAGGACAGCAGUAGACAGCCUCAAUCCAGCCAUCAACAGCCCGCACUAUCAGGCUCUGGUAGAUCAUCAAGGCGAUCACCAGUCCAACCUGAGUCCAGUGAGGGUGAGCAACACUCAGUUGUCUCACAGAGACAUUCUAGAUCUGAGGCGGGUCAUGGACAGCAUGGAUCUGGUCAGAGUCAUGCAGGACGUCAACAGAGGGAGUCAGUUCAUAGGCAACAUGGCACACCACAAGGGCCUGUUCAGGACAGUAGUAGACAGCCUCAGUCCUGCCAUCAACAACCCUCACAGUCAGGCUCUGGUAGAACUCCACAGAGAUCACCAGUCCAACCUGAGUCCAGUGAGGGUGAGCAACACUCAAUUGUCUCACAGAGACAUUCUAGAUCUGGUCAACAAUCAGGAUCUGGUCAGAGUCAUGCAGGACGUCAACAGAGGGAGUCAGUUCAUGGACAACAUGGCACACCACAAGGGCCUGUUCAGGACAGCAGCAGACAGCCUCAGUCCAGCCAUCAACAACCCUCACAGUUGGGCUCUGGAAGAACUCCACAGAGAUCACAAGUCCAACCUGAGUCCAGUGAGGGUGAGCAACAUUCAGUAGUUUCACAGAGACAUUCUAGAUCUGGUCAGCAUCAUUCAGGACAUCAACAGAGAGAGUCAGUUCAUGGACAACAUGGCACACCACAAGGGCCUGUUCAGGACAGCAGUAGACAGCCUCAGUCCAGCCAUCAACAGCCCUCACAGUCAGGCUCUGGAAGAAAUCCAAGGAGAUCACCAGUGGAAACUGAGUCCAGUGAGGAUGAGGAACACUCAGUCGUCUCACAGAGACAAUCAGGAUCUGGUCAGAGUCAUGGAUCUGGACAGCGUCAUUCAGGACAUCAACAGAGAGAGUCAGUUCAUGGACAACAUGGCACACCACAAGGGCCUGUUCAGGACAGCAGUAGACAGCCUCAAUCCAGCCAUCAACAGCCCGCACAAUCAGGCUCUGGUAGAUCAUCAAGGCGAUCACCAGUCCAACCUGAGUCCAGUGAGGAGAGUCAGUUCAUGGGCAACAUGGCAUACCACAAGAGCCUGUUCAGGACAGCAGUAGACAGCCUCAAUCCAGCCAUCAACAGCCCGCACUAUCAGGCUCUGGUAGAUCAUCAAGGCGAUCACCAGUCCAACCUGAGUCCAGUGAGGGACGUCAACAGAGAGAGUCAGUUCAUGGGCAACAUGGCACACCACAAGGGCCUGUUCAGGACAGCAGUAGACAGCCUCAGUCCAGCCAUCAACAACCCUCACAGUCAGGCUCUGGUAGAACUCCACAGAGAUCACCAGUCCAACCUGAGUCCAGUGAGGGUGAGCAACACUCAGUUGUCUCACCGAGACAUUCUAGAUCUGGACAGCGUCAUUCAGGACAUCAACAGAGAGAGUCAGUUCAUGGACAACAUGGAACACCACAAGGGCCUGUUCAGGACAGCAGUAGACAGCCUCAGUCCAGCCAUCAACAACCCUCACAGUCGGGCUCUGGAAGAACUCCACAGAGAUCACGAGUCCAACCUGAGUCCAGUGAGGGACAGCAGUAGACAGCCUCAACCCUGGAGGCAUGGAAGCUAUGGCCGUGAAGACUACGACUAUGGGCAGUCAGGGUAUGGACCUUCUAGAGACAGGAGAAAUAGUAGCCAUUCUAGUCCUUUGAGUUCAACACAUUCGUCCACAAAUAUGCAAGUCUCAAGAUAUGCACAGUCUUUUUCUCUUUCUGAUCACAUAUCAUCCAAAGAGGAAGGAAUCAGAGGGCCAGUUUUUAAAUACAGAGGGUCAGAAACAAUUCGGCAGUCAUUUGAUUAUUAAAAUCUUACUGAAUUCAGUACAGUUAGUAUUUCAAUGACAGAUAUUCUAAAUAUGCAUAUAGUAAUAAAGGAAAGUAACAAAUUACUGUAAGCCACACGUGUCCAGUCUGGUUUUGAUGAUAGUGAAUAUAUAUUAUUUCAGAAACAUUAUAAAUCCCAUUCAAUUGGAAUCAGUCUGGAUUCAUCCCUUAAAAAAAAGCAAGUAUAUAGCCAUAAUCAAUCAAUUGAUAGCUACAGCAACAACAGAAAACAUAGAUCUUCUUCCAGUAACUCUUUUCCCAGCCUAUACUGUAAUGGAAAUAAAGAGUGUAUAUGUAUAUAUUUACGAAGUGCAACCAUAUUGGGUGAGGUAAGGCAAGGACCGGAUCCAGCAGGGACCAUCAGAAAAUAUAAUCAAUGUAUAGAUGACACAAAGAAAAGAACCAGAGUUAACCAUGAAAUAGGGGAAAUGAACUCAGGUUCUGUCUACUUAUUUAGCAGCACUCCACUAUAUGCAUAUGUCCAAGAACCGAGAUCCUUUUACUUUGUAUGA